AUGGUGUCAGCCAUGGAGCGGAAACGACAUGGUGUCGUCGACUUUGAUCAGCAACUUAUGGAGCAAGCCCAAUCAGACACACUAAGUUUCGACAGCUCAGACGACACCCUCACCUCCCUACCGGCGAUAUCGAAGCUCGAAUCGACGGAUGCGAUACUAGAGAGAACGACUACUAUUGCUGAAAGCAAUAACGAAGCGGAACGAUCAAUGUCGCUUCGUGAAGGCAUCCGCCUAUACCCCAAAGCGAUAACAUGGUCGGUGUUACUAUCGAUGACACUCAUUAUGGAAGGAUUUUCUACUAUCCUCGUACCCAAUCUGUUCGCAAUGCAACCAUUCCGGAAACAAUUCGGCACAUUACAAUCAAAUGGCUUGUACGAAAUUAGCGCCGACUGGCAGAGCGCACUUGUGAACGGCGGCCUGGCAGGGCAGAUCGUAGGGCUUUUUGCUACAGGAACACUCGCUGAGCGAAUUGGCUACCGAUACACGCUCAUGGUAGGGUUGGUGGCAAUGAGUGUGUUCAUACUCGUACCCUUCUUCGCCACAGGUAAGACGGUUCUGUUGAUAGGACAGUGUCUACUAGUUGCCUUACGGGCGUAUCUGACUACUUAUGUCAACGCAUGUUGGGUCCUCGGCCAACUUAUAGCGUCCAUCGUCAUGCGCGGCAUGAUGAAUAACACCACCACAUGGGCCUACCGCAUCCCCUUCGCAUUACAAUGGAUUUUCCCUAUCCCAAUCUUCUUCGCCGUUUACUUUGCCCCCGAAUCGCCAUGGUGGCUCAUUCGACAAGACCGCUUCGUGGAUGCGAUGAAGACGAUGCGUCGGCUGCGCACACAACCAGCAACCAUGUCGGACGAUGAGUUCGACAAAGCGCUAAACGGCGCAAUGGAGGCCAUGAUACAGACAAACGAGAGAGAGCAACGGAUGCAGAGUGGGACAAGUUACAAAGACUGCUUCAAGGGAGUCGACCGGCGCAGAACCGAGAUCACGUGCAUGGUUUGGAUCAUCCAGACGCUUUGUGGCAGCACCUUCAUGGGCUUCUCCACCUACUUCUAUGAACAAGCAGGUCUCGGCUCUUCCCACGCUUUCACCCUCUCACUAGGUCAAUUCGCCCUCGGUCUUAUCGGCGUCUUCAUAUCUUGGGCCCUCAUGGCACACUUUGGGAGGCGCACACUCUAUCUCUCGGGACAAGUCAUGACCUUCGUCUUCGUGCUGCUCAUCGGGAUACUAGCCUGCAUACCACAUCGCCACCACUUCGUUACCGUCCGCUCAGCGGUAGUAGGCACGUCCUCCCAAGUCGGAAAUCCGCAUCCUAUAGCACUCAACUGGUCUAUCGCAGCACUUCUCCUCGCAUUCACACUCGCCUAUGACGCAACCCUCGGGCCUAUUUGCUAUGCUCUCGUGUCGGAAAUCCCCUCCACACGCUUGAGGAGCAAGACGAUCGUUUUGGCGCGCAACUGCUACAACAUCUCAGGAAUCGUCACAAACAUCAUCACGCCACGCAUGCUCAAUCCUACAGCGUGGGGAUGGGGAGCUAAAGCAGGUUUCUUCUGGGCCGGCACGAGUGUGAUCGGCAUUUCGUGGAGCUGGUGGCGGCUUCCCGAACCAAAGGGAAGGACGUUUGGAGAGCUGGAUGAGCUCUUUGAGAGGAGGGUGGCCGCGCGAAAGUUCAAGACUACGGACUUUACGGUUGGAGGGGCACUUAUCGCGAGAACCGAGAAGAGUAGGGUAUAG